AUGGAUAUCUCUAGACUCAUGACUCAUGCCGAGCCAAUUGAAGAGGAGAAGCUUAAGGAGGUUCCUAGGAUGACUAAGAAGGACCGGACUGAGAAUGGAUCAUAUUUUGAUAAUACUUCAGUGCCUAAGUAUCACAAGGAUAAGAAAGCACCUCCUCAGUUUGUACCUAGCAUCCUGGCAAGUAACAUCAACUAUCAGCCCCACAAACUUGAUCAGGCCUCUUGGAAGCCUAAUAGCAGUGGGGAAUUUAGUUGUUCUUCUGCCUGGGAACUUAUCAGGGACAAAAGGAGUAAGACAAGAAUUAACUCUCAAACAUGGCACAAACACAUUCCUUUUAAGUGUUCCUUCCUACUCUGGAGAGCACUUAGAGGGAAACUACCUACUAAUAAAAAGCUUAUCAGCUUUGGAAAAGCCCCAGCCCAAUGUUACUGUUGCCAUAGAGCUGGUUUGGAUACCAUUGACCAUAUAUUUGUUUCUGGAAACUUUGCCAGGAAGGUUUGGAGUGUAUUUUCUGAUUCUCUAGGUAUUAGUAAAGAAUACACACCCCUUAGAAACCUGAUGAUGAGGUGGUGGUCCAGUAAUUACAGUAUUGAGGUCCAUAAACUUAUCCUACAAGCAACUCCAAUCUUCAUAUGUUGGAACCUAUGGAAAAAUAGAGGUGCCAUCAAAUAUGAAGGGAAGCAGUCCAAUAUUACAAGAGUGAUCUACUCAGUCUUCAAGGAUAACUUCAACCUUCUAAGCACUACCUACUCCUAUAUCAGCUGGCCAAAUAGCUGGAAGGAACUAGUCCUUCUUGUGGAAAAAUGUACUAAUGAAGUUAAUGUUAGUACUGUCUACUGGAGGAAACCUUCAGCUCACAUGGUGAAGCUGAACACUAAUGCUAGUGCACUUCACAACCCUGGAAAAAUAGGAGGGAGAGGAUUGCUAAGGAACAAUCAAGGAGAUCUUCUCUUUGCUUUCUCAACCCCUUUUGGAGAAGGCACAAACAACCAAUCUGAAAUAUUGGCAGCCAUCUUUGGUUUGACUUGGUGUCUCCAAUUAGGAUAUACUAAAGUGAUCCUUGAAGUGGACUCUGAGCUAGUAAUCAGAUGGAUAAAACACCUAGCUCAACAACCAUGGACUGUCAAAGCACAACUCCAGCAGUUGCAGGACAUCAGCCAUCAUUUCCAGGUAUUCAAGUGCAGUCACACUUACAGAGAAGCCAACUUUACAGCUGAUGCCUUGUCCAAGCAUAGCCACAAGUGCACUACUCCACAUAUAUAUCUCACUAAGCAAGAGCUACCCAAAGAGGCAAGAGCCUACUUUGAGCUUGACAAACUGGAAAUGGCCAACUUCAGAAGAAGAAGGCUUAAGAGAAUCAAGAAGCCACCAUGA